GAAAAACAACAGAAGAAACCCCGGACAGGCAGAGGAAGAAGCGGAGCUCGCGACGUUACGUAGCCGCCAUUUUGUUUCACCGGGAGUGGAGAAUCCAGCCCGAGACCGCCGGCGUGGACAUUUCCCCUCAUUCGGACCAUCUUAAACACGGCGGAGCAGCAUCGUGCACCCAAAUUUAGAUUCGCAUGAUGUCUGGAGACAUGGCCACAGAUCAUGUAAACGGGAACGGGACGGAGGAACCAAUGGACACUACAGCCGAGGUGACCCACUCGGAGCAUUUCCAGGCUUUACUGGAGGCAGGUUUACCUCAGAAGGUCGCUGAGAAGCUGGAUGAACUUUAUGUAGCAGGCCUGGUAGCACACGGUGACCUCGACGAAAGGGCGAUUGAAGCUUUGAAAGAGUUCAAUGAAGAUGGAGCCCUGCAAGUGCUGGUCCAGUUCAAAGAGAGCGACCUGUCACAUGUGCAGAACAAAAGUGCCUUUCUCUGUGGGGUGAUGAAGACUUACAGACAGAGAGAGAAACAAGGGACUAAAGUUUCAGACUCCAUUAAAGGACCAGAUGAGACUAAAAUCAAAGAACUCCUCGAGAGAACCAGCUACACGCUCGACGUUACGACUGGCCAGAGGAAGUAUGGCGGGCCCCCGCCGGAGUCGGUGUACUCAGGUUCCCAGCCCCCCGUUGGCACAGAGAUAUUCGUGGGGAAGAUUCCUCGUGAUCUGUAUGAAGACGAGCUGGUUCCCCUGUUCGAGAAGGCUGGCCCGAUCUGGGACCUGCGGUUAAUGAUGGAUCCGCUGAGUAGCCUGAACAGGGGCUACGCUUUCAUCACAUUCUGCACUAAAGACGCGGCCCAGGAGGCGGUGAAGCUGUGUAAUAAUCAUGAGAUUCGCCCUGGCAAGCACAUCGGGGUGUGUAUAUCUGUUGCCAACAACCGGCUAUUUGUUGGCUCCAUUCCCAAGAGUAAAACAAAGGAGCAGAUUGUUGAGGAGUUUUCUAAAGUCACAGAGGGCCUUAGUGAUGUCAUACUGUACCAUCAGCCCGACGACAAAAAGAAGAACCGGGGCUUCUGCUUCCUGGAGUAUGAAGACCACAAAACAGCUGCUCAGGCUCGCCGCCGGCUAAUGAGCGGCAAGGUGAAGGUUUGGGGCAACCUGGUGACGGUGGAGUGGGCCGACCCCAUCGAAGACCCCGACCCAGAAGUCAUGGCCAAGGUGAAGGUUUUAUUUGUGAGAAAUCUCGCUAACGGAGUCACAGAGGAACUCUUGGAGAAGUCCUUCAGUGAGUUUGGAAAACUGGAGCGAGUGAAGAAGCUCAAAGACUACGCCUUCAUUCACUUUGAGGAGCGGGACGGUGCAGUGAAGGCUCUGGAGGAAAUGAACGGGAGGGAGUUGGAGGGAGAGCCGAUUGAGAUUGUUUUCGCCAAGCCGCCCGAUCAGAAAAGGAAGGAGCGCAAAGCCCAGAGACAAGCGGCCAAAACGCAAAUGUAUGACGACUAUUACUACUACGCUCCCCCUCCACACAUGCCUCCUCCUGGCAGAGGGCGGGGCAGAGGUGGCAACCGGGGCGGCUACUCCUACCCCCCUGACUAUUACGGUUACGAGGAUUACUAUGAUUACUACGGCUAUGACUAUCACAACUACCGUGGCGGCUACGACGACCCCUACUACGGGUAUGACGACUUCCAGGCCCCGAGCCGAGGGCGGGGCGGCAGCAGGGGCGCACGGGGCGGAGCCUCCCCGGCCAGAGGACGCGGUGGCUCCGGGGCACCCAGAGGGAGGGCAAACUUCUCCCAGCGCGGCGGGCCAGGAACAGGCCGUGGCGGGCGCGGCGCAAGAGGAGGCGUGCAGCCGAGAGGGCGAGGAGGGGUACGUGGUGCGCGGGGUGGCCGCGGUGGAAAUGUAGGAGGAAAGCGCAAAGCUGAUGGGUACAACCAGCCAGAUUCCAAGCGUCGCCAGACCAAUAAUCAGAACUGGGGCUCUCAACCCAUUGCUCAGCAACCGCUCCAAGGUGGUGAUCAUUCUGCAGGAAAAAGGGGGCGAGGCCGGUCCUGAUGUGUCGCUAUGAGGACUGACGGCGUUGCACGCUGCGGCUUCGGCGGAUGGAAAUGGUAAGGUCAGCUGACUCAGUGGUCCAAUGGUAGCCCAAUUUUUUUUUGUUUUGUUUUUUUUUUCUUAUUUUGAUUUUAAUGUGAAGGAGGAAAUCUCUCUAAAAAAGAAACUGCCACGUAUGAAGAUGCUCAGAAGGGUGAACCCCACCUCCUCCUCCUCCAGCCCCAAGUCAGCCAUAUGAGACGUGCUGAGGUCGUGAUGGACAUCCAUCUGGAAAAGGCUUUGCACUUUUUUUUUUUUUUUUUUUUUAAUCGUUAAAGCUUGGAGUGGUUUAGUAGGACUUUUUGUCUCGGAGUUCUUGGACUGAGACGUUUGAGGUGCCGUCGCCCGGCGUUUUUAAAGUUGAGUCUCACAGGAAAACUGGUUCAUGAGCUACCUCAGUUUCACGGACACGCCUGCUCUCACAGAUCAUGUACUCGAGGAAACGGACGGGGCCCGGCCCCCUCCGCCUCGCAACAGAGCACUUAAUCUAAUUCAGGUUCUCACUGAGACCCGGCGCCGGCCGCAGUGACGGUCGGCCGGUCCUCCGGGAGCGAGCCUGAACGCGCCUUUGGCUGUCUUUGUACAUGAACUGAGCACUGAUGUAGUUAAUGAACAGACUGUUUGAGCUCUUAUUUGUAAAGCCUGAAAACCACAGUUCUCCUCUGUCUUCCACAUCCUGACCCGACAGCUGUCUUAACUUUAGAUUUAGGAUGUCAUCCAGUGACGUCCUGCCACGACUAAGCAGGUCUGGAAGAAGAUGAAUUACACAUUUCACAUUGUAUGCCGCUGUAGACUAUCAUGCCAUGUAUGUAUGUGCUCGUGACAAAUGUACCUGUGGUGUAAAACUGCUGUUGCUUCAUGUCUUCUCACUGUCAGCGUAAAAAUGGUGAGUGUAAAGGAGAAAUCGACCGUUAAAUGUUUGAUAUUUGGAGGGCUUGUUUGAUUUGAUCGGGAGGAGAAUGAACUACCAAAGAGCUUCAAGGUUCGUUUUUACACCCUUCAUUGGCUGAGUGUUGGGUCACAGAGCUGCGACCUCUGAAUUCAGGUGUUUGCAGUCCCUUUGCCACGAGUAUAAAAUCAAGCACCAAGCCGCGCAGUCGCUUUACAAACACUAAAGGGUCGUUCCACUGAAUUAGAGCGCGCUAAUGUAACAGGAUGCCACCGUAGCAACGAGUCAAUUUGUGAUACUCAGCUGUAUGUGAUGUUACUGCAGAGACGAAGUGUUUGUGGCUGAGCGACUUCCUAAAGACUGUAAAGUUACAGAGCACCAAACCUCAUUAACAUCGGCGCAAAAACGGUGAGCCGGGAGCUUCGUGGCCGAGCAGCUCCUGUAGGUGUCCCGGUACUUUGGCUCAUACAGAGGAUCAGAUGUGUUCGGUUUUUAUCCUCGAGUAAUGUAAAACUGGACCGCUGCAUGUGUCGUCUUACAGCAAAAAGUCCGACAUCGUGGAGUGACAGAAACACUAACGUCUGUUCUCUUUCCGCCGUUAAACGUUGGAGGGAAAAGAUUUGGUGAUGAACUGUCCGCUGAUGGUUUUAAUUGAAGGAAAAGAAGCUGAAAGUUUCAAGUUUUUACGCUCUUAAUGUUAAACACUCCGCCUUUCUCAUGGUGUACUUUUAAAACUGGACCGCUCCUGUUUUUAGGAUGACUUUUAAAAUGUUUUCCACAGGAAAUGUUUUUUAAUAUUUGCUGUUUCUGUUGAGAUUUUAUUUUGAAAAUCAUCUUUAGUAAUAGGAGUGCUGCUUUUCGGGUUUUUUUGGUCCAAAGAGCAGAAUAGGUCAGCAUUAAAACACUCGAACGUUCUUUUCCAGAGUGAAAUGUUGGAAAAAUCAGAUUUGUGCUGGUUUGGUUUUGACGGGAGGAACAGGAAGAACCUCUGUGGAGCCUGAACGUUUAAAGAAACACAUUCUGACUCCUGACGUCAGUUUUUGGUUUGCGUAUAAUUGCGGGAGCGCUCGUUCCAGUUUUUUAACUUUUUGUUCAAAAUGUCCAAAAACUGUUCAGCGUGUUUAGAAACUAGUGGUGGUGCAUUUUUAAAGUAGUUCACGAUCAGGUGACUAUAAGGACAAAUCAAAUGAAGUUUCUGAACACAAAAUUCGCCUGUUACACAUCCAUUAAAGUUGAGGAAUUCUGGGAAAUGUAGGCAGGCGCAGCCUGAAUGUAUGGUGCACUUCUGAAGGUGGACGUGAGGUUGGAUUUCUCCUUUAAGCUCCUCUCGGUGGCCUCCUCUGUGACCUUUGCCGUGACCCCGCUGUGUCGGUGUCAUGUCGAGCUUCUUCCAGUUCAGAGGGUUGUUCUGCUUGUUCUUCCUCUGCAGGAAAAAUGGAGCCACAUUAGUUUGUUUUUCACAUUAGAAUCGACUUGAUUUUAAAGGUCAAAGAUCUUUUUUGGCUAACAGUGUGUUUGCAGUUUGCAGAUGAUUGUUUUAUACUGUACAGUGAGGUGACGUAAACCUAUUUUUCUAAUAAAGCGAUGGACUUUGAACUCAGCUGUGUUU